GCCCCUCCGCCAUCUUGGGGGCGGCCGCCCGUGAGGGAAGGAGGUGACUGAGGUGGUUUUUCCUCCUUUUACCCUCCGGAACUGUUGCUUUUCAGUUCCUCCCGUGUUUUUGGCUGAGGGGCGGCUGCGGGAUGGCGUUUCCCCGGCUGCUGGUGCGGGCGCUGCACCGGGCGGCCGCUGCCGCCGCGGCUCCAGAUUUCAACAGUUUCGUCACUCGGACCAACACGUGUGGAGAGCUGCGUUCUGCUCAUGUGGGACAGAAGGUGACCCUGUAUGGGUGGGUUCAAUAUCAAAGACAAGGCCUGUUUCUGGUUUUGAGGGAUUUCCAGGGACUGACCCAGGUCAUCAUUCCUCAGGAUGAGGCACAUUCCCACAUGAAGGAGCUCCUGUCCAAUGCCCCGGUGGAGUCUGUGGUGAGAGUGACAGGGACAGUGUCCCCUCGGCCCCUGGGGCAGGAGAAUCCGAAAAUGCCAACAGGGGAUAUUGAAGUGAAGGCAGAGACUGCAGAGAUCCUAAACUCCUGCAAGAAGCUGCCUUUUGAAAUCAAGGAUUUUAUCAAGAAGUCAGAGGCCCUGCGGAUGCAGUAUCGGUACCUGGACCUGCGCAGCUCCCGGCUGCAGUCCAACCUGCGCCUGAGGUCUCGCGUGGUGAUGAGGAUGCGCGAGUAUCUCUGCAACCUCCACGGGUUCGUGGAUGUAGAAACUCCAACUCUGUUUAAAAGAACCCCAGGGGGAGCCAGAGAAUUCCUUGUGCCCUCGAGGGAAGCGGGCAAGUUCUACUCUCUGCCGCAGAGCCCACAGCAGUUCAAGCAGCUCCUCAUGGUUGGAGGACUGGACAGGUACUUCCAAGUCGCUCGCUGCUACCGGGAUGAGGGUUCACGGCCUGACAGGCAGCCUGAAUUCACCCAGAUAGACAUAGAGAUGUCGUUUGUAGAUCAAGCUGGGAUCCAGAGGCUCGUAGAGGGCCUCCUGCAAUAUUCCUGGCCUGAGGAAAGAGGCUCCAUUAUGACUCCUUUCCCUUCCAUGACUUAUGAGGAGGCACUGGCUGAGUAUGGGACUGAUAAACCUGACACUCGCUUUGGGAUGAAGAUCAUGGAUAUCAGUGAUGUUUUACGAGGAUCAAACAUUCAUUUUGUGCAGAGUGCCCUCAGUUACCCACAUGGCUCCAUCAGAGCCAUUUGUAUCCCUCAGGGAGUGAGGUAUCUUACAAAUAAAGACCUGGAGUCAUUGAAGGAGUCUGCAAAAUCCCAGUUUAACCAGGAAAUCAUGGAAAUUAUCCAGAGACCUGAUGGAAGCUUGAAGUCUCUGCUUACCAAGUUCCUUAGUGAGAAGGAGAAGUCAGAGCUUACCCAAGCACUGAACAUGCAGGAGGAUGAUGUGGUGCUGCUGGCAGCUGGAGAACGCAAGCAAGUGUGCUCUGCUUUAGGAGCCCUGCGGUUGUUGAGUGCCGACCUCCUGGAGGCAGCUGGGCUGGCACUCCGUGAUCCCACAGCCUUUCACUUCCUCUGGGUGGUGGAUUUCCCCCUUUUCCUCCCCAAGGCCGAGAAUCCCACUGAACUGGAAUCUGCUCAUCACCCCUUCACUGCCCCUCACCCUUCAGAUGCCAGCCUCCUGUAUUCUGAUCCUACAAAGGUCCGUAGCCAGCACUAUGACCUUGUGCUGAAUGGCAAUGAGGUUGGAGGUGGCUCCAUCAGAAUUCACAGUGCAGAGCAGCAGCGUUUUGUGCUGGAGAAAGUGCUGAAGGAGGAUUCUGAGGUGCUUUCCCAUCUGAUUGAGGCUUUGGAAUUUGGAGCACCACCUCAUGGAGGAAUUGCUUUAGGACUUGACAGGCUGAUCUCUCUCAUUGUUGACGCUCCAAGUAUCCGGGACGUCAUUGCCUUUCCAAAAUCCUUCAGGGGACGAGACCUGAUGGGCAAUGCUCCAGACUAUGUCACUCCAGAAGAACUAGAGCCAUAUCACAUUCAGGUUUCCUGGCCUCUUGAAGAAAAAGAGGCAAAGAAAAACUGACUUCACUCCAGUGAUCAAGCUGCCUGUUUGGCUUUGUGACCCCUGCUCCCUCCAGGAGAUACCAAGAAAUCCAUGGGAGCACAGCACAGUUCCCAGUCUUCUGUGAGCUCUGCCUGUUCCUGCAAACCUGCUGCUGCAGUGCUGAGUGAGGCUGCAGCAAGUUCCUCCCAGGGAACUGUUCCUCCCUGUCCCACACCAGAACAUCCACAAUGCAGGGGUGAGUGCUCUGAGGAGAGCUGGAGGUGAGGAAACUGAGGAAAAGAGUUUCCUUGAUGAAGGUGAGAAGAUGGUGCAAAGGAAGGAAAGGGAGAGCUCCUGUGUCCCAGCUGGGAAGGACAGCAGGAGACACGUGCCAGAGGAAGUGCUGGAGGACAGAAGGAAGACUGCAGUUCUUGUCUGAGCUCCAGCCUUCUGCCAGUUGUCAGCUCCUGGUCUGCCCCAAGGGUUAGCCACUCUCAGUCUCCACAUCACAGGGUAACACUGCAUGGUGGUGUUCACAGUUGUUCUUUAAAUAGUGAUCUGUCCUGCUGAUCUGAAUCAGUAAUGCAGGCAGCUCUUCUCCUAAGGGUGGUUGUUGGGGUUUUUUGAUUACCAUCUGUAGAAAGUGACACUAGAGCUGGCUUGCUCUGCUGCUUUGCAGAUUAUAAAAUGGUGGAGUUACAUGUGUAAAAUAAAAACGCUUUCUUUGCUUCUGGCAUGAUUAUUAUUUUCAGUCCCAGAGCUGGUUAAAUAUUGUUUAAAACAAAACAGAACAAUCCUGGAUUUGUAUUCACAUUCAUUUUAGCCAAACACUGAAUUCCUUCAUUUUUAUUUCAUACGGGCUAUUCAUUCCUUCUUGAAAUCAAUUCAUCUGUAGUUAACCAUUUUUUUUUCUUUCUCUGAGUAGAAGCUGUCAGUAAUGGAGUGAGGAUCAGUUUUUAGAGAGAAGCUGACCUGAAAAACAGAUCCCUCAUAAAAUCCAUGAUAAACUUUAUGAUCUUCGUGGAUCCCGUCCAACUGAGGACAUUCUGUGAUUUGAAAUACAAUUAUUUAAUUUUUGUUGUUGUUUUUGCAGGGAGGAGAUUCACCCUGGGGCAGUUAUACCAGAUAUUUUUGUUCCCUGACUUGUCAGUGGUAAUACAAAAUACAGCCACUGCAGGCUAUGUGUUGUAUUCAGGCUGCUGGUUUAGAAGAUGCUGGAUUUUCUGAUUUAAUUUCUUUACUGGUAGUGUGAUUAAGAUUUGCAUGGAAUUUGCUUGAGGAUCAUCUUUGUUCCCAAAGCAGGGAUGUCAUAGGCUUGUUUGAGGUCAUGGAACAUAGGAAAGAAGUUACUCCCAAAAGUUCUUCACUCCCCCAGGCUAUUAUUUAUAGUAACUGUAAACAAAAUGUGCUGAACUUUGCUUUUUAAUUGUGAAAUCAGGAGUAGUGUAUCACUUGCUUAGUACCUGCUUGCAAAGGCAAAUGCUGUUUACCUCUGAUGAGUCCCAAAUUAGGAUUAUCAAGUGUUCAAGGGGAAGCUGAUGCUCUGGGAGGCUUAGGCAGAAAUGUAACCCUGCCUGGAACAUUCUUUUUGAGAGCACUUGUUAAAACAUGUGAGCGAGCUGUCUCCCAGCCACGCACAUCCUUCUUGUGCAAGCAGCUUUGGGUGCUGGUUGUUUACCCCACUAGAUGAGGGACUCACCAGAAAUAAAAAAUGCAAACAAAACACCUUGUCUGGGCUGCUGCUGUCCUGCCACAAUUAGGUUAAAUAUGAAAAGGUGUGUCCCAAAUCCAGGCAAGCCCUUUGUGUUUGGAUUGGUGAAUGAGGGUGGCUUCCAAGACAAGUGUGAGUUUGUCAGGGUUGUGUGAAUGUUGCCAAAGAGAAGAUAUUAAUUUUUGUUGUUGUUGUUUUAUAGUACAUUGUGUAAGAUUUCCUUGGGCUUGUGGAAGCCAAAUCUACAGAAAAUCCCCAAAACCACAAUCUGCUUGGCACACUUAGCUGCAUAUUUUGGUAGGAGCAAAAGUAGACAGGCAUUACAAAGAAAUCCAUGGAAAUCAGGGCUGGUCGAAUUUCAGACCAGUAUCUCCUGCUUGCUGGAGAAAAGAUGCUGGCCUGUGAUCCUGAAAAGAGAGAAAACCAUUACUCCAGCACAGUGUUCAUCAAAAACACCUCCUGCUAAUAAUCCAGGCUGCAAACAUUCACAGACCCCUUGUUGCUUCUGCUCUUCAUUGUUUUCCCUGGAUCAGACAAACCUGUGGAGAGAUGCUCAGCUGUGCUACACGAUGCCAAAUCCUGGGCUUCUCUGUUAGGAAUUAUUCUUUAGGUGGGAUUGUGAGGUUGAAUGUUCCCUGACAUGAUCCUCUCCCCUCCAGAGAACUUCAUGACUGGCACAGAUGGGAUGUGAAGAUCAGGGUGGGCAGUAGGAUUGUACAGGGGGUGCUCUAGCAGGAGCCAGGGUUGGAUGUGAGGCCUCUGCAUCCUUUGACCCCACCUCUUACUGAUUUUCUUCUGUUGUAUCUGAACAAAACACUGGUAAAAUGAAGGACUAGGAGAACCUACUCUCUGUAUGAUUCAAUAGAUUUGACCAGUACAACCCUCCAAUAAAUUUAUACUCCCCCUUUGUGGAAGCAGAGAUCAAUUUCUGGUGUGUUUCAGU